GGAACCAGCCACACUGCCAUUAUCAGCACCGUAUUACCGACAUACAGUAGUUUACUUCGUCAGAAUGUACUAUAUAUCGCUUAUCAUCUCUUCAGCUGUUCAGUAUUAAGUGAACUCGCAAUAAGUAUGUGUAGCGUUAAAUUAACGUUACUUUUCGCGUCGCCGAAUUAUACACGUGUAAAACUACUAUGUUUACGUUCGCGAAAUUAACAUUGUAAUUUGUGUUAUUUUUUAUACUCGUUUUCCCCCGAUCUCAUCUCACCCCUUCUUCCCAAUUGCCACACGAUGAUUCCGAUAAAACGAUGUGCUUUGGCGUAUUGGCUUUUAGGACUUUGUAACAAUUACGGAUACGUUGUUAUGUUGAGUGCUGCCCACGAUAUACUUGCGAGGCAUGAUGGCAAAACAGAGACAACGUCCGAUACGUCCUUUAACCCUGACCGUCACUGCAAUCAGUUAUCAACCGGUGUUAUCUUAUUGGCGGAUAUAAUACCUAGUCUACUGGUCAAGAUAAUUGCUCCAUUUUUACCUCUGUGGAUGAACAUUCGAAUCACUUUGGUGGUGAUUUCGGCAGCUCUCGGUUUCAUAUUGGUGGGUUUAUCCGACUCUCUCCUUUUAGCAGUAUUAGGAGUCGUAUGUACCGCAUUUUCAUCCGGUCUGGGAGAAAGUUCGUUGCUUUCAUUCACAGUAUUUUUCAACGACAAAUCAGUUUUAAGCGGUUGGUCUUCCGGCACCGGAGGAGCUGGAUUUUUUGGUUCGUUAACAUAUGCUGGCUUACUGAUGUUGGGCUUGACGCCCAGAGAGACUUUAUUCCUAUUGUUAGUCGUCCCUCUCACAAUGGCAGUCAGUUUCUGGCUGAUCCUCGUGAAUCCUUUGAAUACUCGAAUGGAGCCUGAAGAAAGCACACAUGUUGCUCCUCCUAGUCUCAAUAAUAUUCCUCAAACGAUAAGCAAUCAUUCGCUGUGGUACAAGAUAAACGCUAUUCCGCGAUCUUUACGAUACAUAUUACCAUUAACCUUCGUCUAUUACUUCGAAUAUUUGAUUAAUCAAGGCUUGAGCGAACUGUGUUUAUUUGAAAAAGCAUUUAUCGAUCCGAAAACUCAAUAUCGUUGGUACCAAGUGUUCUAUCAAAUUGGUGUAUUCGCUUCUCGAUCAUCCAUAAGCAUAAUACAAAUAGACAAAUUAUGGAUAUUGGCAGCCCUUCAGGGAGUUAAUUUGGUGUAUUUCGGCUUGGAAGCCAUCUAUAGAUUUACUCCGAGUGUUAUCAUAGUACUGGUGGUCAUAUUAUGGGAAGGAGCACUAGGAGGAUUGGGAUACGUGAAUACUUUCCAUAAUAUUCAAAAAGAAGUCCGUCCAGAAGACAAGGAAACUGUAACAGGAAUUACUUCAAUUUCAGACAGUUUAGGUAUCACUUUUUCAGGAUUCAGUGCCAUUCCAUUACACGAUACAAUUUGUAAAUUACCAUUAUGAUUGAAACGAGAUUUCGACUAUUUAUUUUUUUGCAUUUUUAUAUUGUACAUAAAUGUAAGUAACUUGUAUCGCAAAAUUUAUUAAAAUUAAUUUAUUCAUUUCAAAA